AAAAGGUUAGAAAGUAAUGUCAGAGACCUUAUUGCAGGGUAAUCAGGCAGAGUCAAUGGUGUUUUGAUGGAAGGAAAGUCAGAUUUUAGUUCUUUAAGAAGUAAUGUUUGAAGAUGACAUACAGAGGCUGUGAAGAGAAAUAGAUGGGUUAAGUGAUUGGUCAAAGAUCUGAAUAAUGCCAUGUAGGUAAAUGUGAAAUUGGCACUUUGAUUAGAAAAGUGAUAAAUAGUAGCAUAUUCUUUAAAUGCUAAGAGCUUGCAGAGUCCUGAGAUGCAAACAUAUCUGGGUGUUCUAGUGCUUGGUUCACAGAGGGUUGGUGUACUGGUACAGGAAGUCAUGUAUUGCAGACCUACUUACACAGAAGUAACAGACAGUUGUUCACUGUCAGGGGAACUAAAUGUCAAAAAUACAUCACCGUUUCCUUUUCUCCAGAGAUGCUGCCUGUCCCGCUCUGUUACUCCAGCAUUUUGUGUCUAUCUUCGGUUUAAACCGGUUCCAUAUAUAACAACAUAUAACCAUAUAACAAUUACAGCACGGAAACAGGCCAUCUCGGCCCUACAAGUCUGUGCCGAACAACUUUUUUCCCUUAGUCCCACCUGCCUGCACUCAUACCAUAACCCUCCAUUCUCUUCUCAUCCAUAUGCCUAUCCAAUUUAUUUUUAAAUGAUACCAACGAACCUGCCGCCACCACUUCCACUGGAAGCUCAUUCCACACCGCUACCACUCUCUGAGUAAAGAAGUUCCCCCUCAUGUUACCCCUAAACUUCUGUCCCUUAAUUCUGAAGUCAUGUCCUCUUGUUUGAAUCUUCCCUAUUCUCAAAGGGAAAAGCUUGUCCACAUCAACUCUGUCUAUCCCUCUCAUCAUUUUAAAGACCUCUAUCAAGUCCCCCCUUAACCUUCUGCGCUCUCCAGAGAAUAAAGACCUAACUUAUUCAACCUAUCUCUGUAAGUUCCUUCCUCUGUAGUUCCUUCCUACAUGUAAAAAUGUCGAGGUUAUGUUUCAGUUAUAUUAGGUAACGGUGAGGCCAAAUCUGGAAUUAUGUACACAGUAUUCAUCUCACUGUUCAAGAAAGGGUCUUAACAUGUUAGAAGAAGUUCAGAAGUUUACGAGACAGAUAUCUGGAAUGGGCUAGUUGUCUUGUGGUAACAACAUUGGAAUGGCUAGAUCACUUACCACUGCAAUUUAGAACAGUAUGAAGGGCCUUGUUUGAAACAUAUUAAAUCCUGAAGUGUAUAUUGGCAAGCAUUUUUACAUUGAUACUAAUGAAAAUUGAUAGAUGAAUAUUACUUGAUGAACGCAAAAGGAAUUCACAAAUGAGUAUAGAACAUUCUAAAAUCUGUUCCUUAGCAUAAGAUAUCUUCAAAACCAUUUCCUUGGAAGAACAGUGAGAAUACAUGUUCUGGUUAUCUUUUGUCUAGAUGGAGAACAUUGAUCACUACAAUAACAUUGACAUCAACUACGUUCUCAGCUAUCAAGAUUUAAACCCUUCAGCUGCUGCUUCACACUUCACAUGUGAUCCCUACAUUGAAAUCAUUGAACAACCUAAGCAGCGUGGCUUUCGGUUUCGUUAUGGAUGUGAAGGACCAUCUCAUGGAGGUUUACCUGGGGUUUCAAGUGAAAAGAACAAUAAAACAUAUCCAGCUGUGAAGAUCCACAACUACACAGGGCCUGCCAGGGUUAUUGUGCAGUUGGUUACCAGCGAUGAGCCGCCACUUCUGCAUGUUCACAGCCUGGUAGGAAGACAAUGUAAAAAUGGGAUCUGUUUUGCUGAGAUAGAUUCCGAGGACAUGACCACAAGCUUUCCCAACCUUGGAAUCCUUCAUGUUCCAAAGAAAGAUGUAGCAGCAAUUAUAGAAGAACAGCUGGUUAAGUCCUGGAUGUCAGAUCUCAAUGAUGAAAAUCCUUCACUUUCUGAUGAAGAUGGAGUGGAAUUGCAACAGAAUCAGUUGCAAAAAGAAGACAGAGAGAGAAUUCAUCAUGAAGCCCAGAAGCAAACCAAAUACAUGGAUCUCAGUGUUGUUCGCCUGAUGUUUACUCCAUACCUUCCUGGAAGUGAUGGCAAGUUUACUCAUAGACUUAGCUCAGUCAUAUCUGGACCCAUUUAUGACAGCAAAGCACCCAAUGCAUCAAGUUUGAGAAUAGUACGAAUGGCCAAAACUGCCGGCAGUGUGUUGGGAGGGGAAGAAGUCUUUCUGCUGUGUGACAAAGUACAAAAAGAUGAUAUUCAGGUCCGAUUCUUCCAGGAAGAUGAAAGUGGACACAUUUGGGAUGCAUUUGGAAAAUUUAAUGCUGCUGAUGUUCAUCGACAGUUUGCUAUAGUUUUCAAGACACCAAAAUAUUUUGACAUGCACAUCACCAAACCCAUCUCAGUGUUUGUUCAAUUACGAAGAAGAUCAGAUGGUGAAACCAGUGAACCCAAGCCAUUUAUAUAUUACCCACACAAACAGGCAAAGAAAAAGAUUGAGAAGAAAUGGCAAAAGGUUUUGCCCAAUAGUCCAGAUAAUUAUGAGGAUACAGCAGGACAUGGGGUAAUCUAUCGUAAUGGCCCUGGAGAAGAAAUGACAAUUUUAAAAAGACCUGAAUUCUUCAUAUCACCUUCCUACACAUACAGAGAUGACAGUAGAACAGGUUCACAGUUUUCUCAAGAUAAUGAUAUGCUGUCCUAUUUUCAUACAUUUGAGCUGCCAGGUUAUGGGGAAAUAAAAAAGCCAUUGGCUGUUUGCAACCACGUGCUAACAGCCCAGAACACCAGGAAUAACAUGUAAAAACUCUAACAGGCUAAAAGAAAAUUGUAGUAAUGACUUGUCUCAGAGAUAAAGCUAUGAAAUCUCUGGGAAUGUUUCCUAUCAAGUUUUCUGCAUUUUAUAAAAAUAUUUAUGGUUAUGUAGCAAGAUAAUAUAAAUUGAUGUUAUAUGUAAAAUUAAUUAUUGUGUAAUUAAGACCAGAGACUGCAUUUACAUGAGUCACCAUUGUAAAUUGUGAUAGGUAUCUUUAAAAUCAUGAUUAAUAAUGUAGAUCAAGCCCUUGAUGUGGCUACCUCUAAAACUCCACUGGAGAUUUUUCACAUUGGCUACUUGUGCAUAAAGCUCUUGGAAUAUGGAAGUUAAGUGUUAGUGCUAUCUCCUUAAUAUUUGUAUAUUAUAGUCUCUAAUUUACAGUCUAGACAUGAUUCGAGACUCAAAUGUGCAUUUUAAUUUCUGAUGAUGUAAUUGCACACAACGUUAAAUUCCAGGUUGGUAGAAUUUAUUGCAAAAUAUGCAAAUAUUCAAUUAACACCUUGAUUUUGAUCAGCAAAUGGGUGUCAUAAUUUAUUGUGCUUCAUAUAAUUAUAAUAGUAACAUGCUUAGUGGAGUUAGCUUAAUACGUGUUAACUAGACUUGACUUGCAAGAUAAUUUAUCUGAAAGCCACCACAAAAAGUGCACAUUGUAUCAUAUUUUAUGUCAAUCACCAAAAAAUAAAAGUAUUAGAUCCCUGAAAAUGACAAUUUGCCUGAUUUAU